GCAUCAUUGUACGGUUGGAGAUCGAAGCUCAAGCACCACCGACUUAAAGAUGAAUUUCUUUGGCGCCUUCAUUGCGAUCGCCAUCUGCGGGAUGUGUGGAUUAACCCAAGCGGAUAUAUCGCUCAAGCUCCGACAACAACAACAACAACAGCAGCAACAACAAUCUCUGAUUCAGAAGGAGCAAUACUACAAGACGGGUGGCUUCCAGGAGAGCAAUUAUGGCAACUCCGGCUAUCAGAUCUUCGAGGUUCACAAUCCCGUUUCGGGUCCCGGUCAGGCCUACUUGCCGCCCACCUCCCACCAGGGUCAUGAUGAUGGCCUGGAUGUGUCCUUCUUGGGCUUUGCCGACGCACCAGCUCCUGUGGCUUCUCCGGCUCCAGUUUCUGCUCCAGUUCCGGCCCCGGCUCCUGUCCAGGCUGCCAUUCCGGUGCCCUUCCCCUCGAACUACCAGCACGACUUUCAGCGCUCCAAGCCGGCUGCUCCGGUGGGCUACAGUGGUCAGGCCUACUUGCCACCCACUGCAGCUGCCCCAGUAGUCCAGCAGCAGGUGCAGCAAGUUCAUGUGCAACAGCAGCAGCAAUAUGCCUCUCAAAGCUAUCAGGCACCCGGAUAUCUGCCACCCACCACCACCCAGGAAGUCACUCAGUCUGUGCCCCAGACAGUCUCCACUUACCAGGCUCCGGACUACCUGCCGCCCACUGCCACACCCGUCCAGCAACAGAAGGUCUUCCAGGCCCCAACUUAUCUGCCGCCAACUGGCAACUCUGGCACCUCCGGCCAGGUGGUGACCACUGGAUCCUCCAGCCAGGCCGAGUACCAAGCACCCGGCUAUCUGCCACCUCAGCAGCAGCAACAGCAAGCCCAAGUGCAGCAAGUGCAGGUGCAGCAGCACCAGCAACAGGUGCAACAAGUGCAGCAGGUACAGCAAGUGCAACAGCAACAGAUCGCUCAGACUUCUGGCCAGAGCUAUCAGGCUCCUGGGUAUCUGCCACCUGGUUAUGACUUCUCCAAUCCCGAUCCCCUCCCAGAGGCUCUGGGUCAGGCCUUUGGAAGCUCAGCCAGCGUUGCCCCAGCUCCAGUCCAGCAAGUUGCUCCUGUGCAGCAGAUUGCUCCUGUCCAGCAAGUGGCUUCCGUCCAGACCACCGUCCAGAGUGUUGCUGGCGAGUACCGUGCUCCUGGCUACCUCCCACCUGGCUACGAUGAGCCCAGGACUCCGUCCCAGCCUCAGUCACUGCCACAAGUGCAACAGAUACAGCAGCAACAGGUGCAGCAGGUACAGCAGGUGAUUGUGGCACCCACACAGGCCACAGUGGCUCAUCCUGGAGCUCUUCCCGAUGGCUAUGAUUUCGUCAAGCCCGAGAACUCCGAGGCAGCCAUUGCCGAGCUCCACAGCCUCCAGACUCAGACCAAGUUGCUCAAGGAGCAACAGCAGAGGCAGUUGCAACAGCAGCAGCAACAGCAACAGGUUGUGGUCCAGUCGCAGGUACAGGUCUCCAGACCUCAGCAGUCUGAGGAUAUUGUCUACGGACGUCCCAAGCAGCAGCUGCAGCAACAAGUCCAGGUCCAACAACAGGUGCAACAAGUCCAGGUCCAGCAACAGGUGCAACAUGUCCACCAUCAGCAACAGGUGCAGCAUCAACACUACACGGCUCCUGGCUACUUGCCGCCCACGGUUGCAGCUCCAGCACCAGCUCCUGCCCCAGUUCGGGUUUCCGUGCCAGCUCCUGCGCCAGUUCCUGCACCCGCUCCUAUCCCAGUCUCCAUUCCAGCUCCGGCUCCAGUGCCAGCUCCAGCUCUAGCUCCCAUUUCCCUGCCCGCUCCGGCACCUCUUCCCAUUCCAGCUCCAGCUCCCGCUCCAGUGCCAGCUCCUGCUCCUGCCCCUGUGGUCCAUGCAACAUCCUACCAGCACCAGCACCAGCAAUACAGGGCUUCCGGCUACCUGCCACCCGUGGCCAGUGCUCCUGCCGCCCUGCCUGCUCCAGCCCCCACCCAGGUGACUCACAUCCACUCCCUGAGGAGCUACAUGAACACCGUCCAGCCCUUCGCCCGCUACGCCCAGCCAGUGCGCCAGCAGCACCAUCACAUCCACCAUGUCCAGCACCAGCAGCAGAAGCACCAGCAGCAGCAACAGGUGAUUGAGGUGGCUCCCAUGUACCGGGAGCAGUCCAAGCGUCCGCGAUUCUAUGCUCCGGCCUAUGCCCGCCAGCAGGUCCAGCAAGUCCAGCAAGUCCAGCAGGCUCAGCAGCACCUGCACCACCACUACCACCGUGUGGUGCAGAGCCAGAAGCUACAGCCCGUGCCCGUCUCCAUUCCUGCCCCCCAGCCAGCUCCGCAGACCCUCAGCCUGAAGGCGCAGCAGUCGCUCCAGAAGUUCAUGCCCAAGGACGUCCAGGUGGCGGUCAAUGUGGCGAUGGCGGCCACCGCCCCUCUGCCAGCCCCCGUCGCCCUGCGUGGUAGCUCCCGGGUGCGCACCGUCCAGAUCGUUAAGCCACACGCGACGAGGACCUUCAAGGUCCUGGAGACGCUCGACCAGGCCGGCGUCAAGACCAUCAAGAUUUUGGGCGCCACCAACGAGCAGCCCCAGGGCAGGCAUCACGUGGUCAAGGUCGUCACCCAGAACGCCCACAGUGGGGCGGAGACGCACGUCCAGACGGUGAAGAUCUUUGAUGACUUUGGAGCUCCAGCCGCUCCAGUGGCUCCAGUUGUGAGGCAGAUCCAGCAGCAGGUCCAGCAGCAGAACGGCUACCUGCCUCCCGCCCGGCCAAGGACCCGUAUCGUCCGGCAGGCCUCAAAGCCCCUGCGCCUGCAUCCCGUCGCCAGCCUGCACUAGGGGAUCGGGUCAGAGGUCAACUCCCAGCACUGAUUAGUUGUAAAAAUCACACAUCAUCAAGCGCUAACUAUUUUUUUUUCUCCUCCGAUUUGAAACGAUUUCUUCCACAAAAGUAACUUUAUUUCGCAUGCAUUUCCAUUGGAAUUACGGAUCACCGGAUCACCGGAUUACGGAAUUACGGAAUUACGGAUUUGUCGCUGAUUCAUUCCCGGACUCUCCACAUACACACACAUUUUCCAGCCAAAACCAAUCCGGACCUGCAAUCAACAGAAAAUCGAAAUCAAAUCAUUUGCAUGCAAUAUUAACGAGCGACUCGAAUUUCUUACCUAAUAAAUAAAUAUAUAAUUACGUAAAAUAUA